AUGCAUAUGAAAUGUAAUUAUCAAAACUACAGCACUGGGUGUCCGGUCGACGCGGCACAGGUGUGUCGUCAGUUCAGGUGUCGGUGUAAUGAGAGUUACCCCAUAGAAUGGUUCGGCCGAUGCCUACCCUGGGUAUCGGUGAACGGCCCGUGUUUCACAUCUAAACAGUGCUCGGAAUGGGACACAAACUCCCGGUGUUAUACCAUUGAUGACCGGUUCCAGUCGGGCACAUGUCUGUGCCUUCAGGACUAUUACUACGAUAACAGCACUUGUGUGGACUCGUGUGUUAAACGCGUGGCUUUUGGUGAGAAGUGUCAAAACAGUGACCAAUGCUUUCACGGCAACAGUGUUUGCGAUAACACAACCUAUCGGUGCCGUUGCGGCCAUAACUACACGUAUGAUUUGUCAGUCAAGCGGUGUCGACAUAACGACAGCUACGGGUGCGCCGAAGACCAGGAGUGGGUCGAGUCCAGAGAUCAAUGCGUGGCCAAACACCCUUAUAUGUCAGUGGCCAUACGAAUACCGUCGAUAAAAAUACCGGCCGUACGGGUGGGCGGGAUUCGGAGCGGGGGCAGUGCUGGGGGUAGGGGUGGGGGCAAUAUUGGUGGUGGUAGCCGAGGGUCCGUACAGGGGUUCCGACCAGUAGUAGUGGGCGCAUACGGCCGCCGCAGUUAUAUUACGGAAGGCUGCGAUUCUGGUAAUAAUGGUAACAAUGGUCAAAGUACCUUCUUUUUAGUUGUCGGUGGUGUAUUAGGUUUAUCACUCGUGAUGAGAUUCCCGAAGCUCUACCCAAUCGAGUGCGUGGAGUACGCCCUGGACUACAAGCCGGUAGCGGGCGAUCGCAUACUAGUAACCAUCCCUCGAUCGGGCACUUUCUGGACCCAAUACGUGGUCAUGUGUUUGACAAACGGCGGACGAGUGGCCGACAUAAGCGCCGCCGAUAUCGACCAAUACUUUCUCGAAGGGAAAGGCCCCCGAGCGCGCACACCCGCCCGCUGUUUGACCGGCGCUGACAUCACUUUUCUGUGCACUCAUUGCGUGGAAGUGCUGUCCAAACGGGAAGUGCCGGGAGUCGGGUAUCUACUGGUGAUCCGCAAUCCUAAGGACGCGUUGGUAUCCCUGUAUCGCAUGCUGUGCCGGGUCUGCGGCGUGGAUCUGGAUUUCGGUCAGGUUCUGGCCGAUUGGAUGGCCGGCCGGCUGUCAUACGGCGACCGGAUUGGGAGCAUCAAACGCUUGUGGCUAAGCCGACACCGGGCCGACUGUACCUUGCUAGUUUAUGAACGCAUGCUGGCCGACCCGGCCGGCGCUAUUAAACGGGUGGCCAGGUUUUUGGGCCCCGAUUACGAACGCCGAUUGACUGAGACGUGUCCGGACGUGGAAGGGGAGGUGCCGGCAGUCGAUGAGACACUUCUGGACCGUACACUAAGACUGUGUUCCAUCCGCACAAUGAGAGAUAAGUUUACUGGCGGUAAACACGUGGUCUCCGGCGGCGCCGGCGGCUGGAGAUCGAUGUUUAGCCGCCAACAAAGCGACGAUUUUGACCGCCGGGUGCGCGACGAGUGGUCCGGCACUGGACUCGACACUCUAUGGGAGCGCGAAAUGCGUUGGUCUACCGAUUAG